AUGGUUCAGAUCCACUACCCCCUGGCCUUUCUGGGGGGGCUGAUUGCGUGCCAUGCGAUGCGCGAUAUCUGUGGACCUGCUGAAUCUGGCCGGCUAUCUUGUGAGGAACCUCAGGUCCGACGGUCCGGCGGCCAAGAUCUUUGGUGUGACCUCUCGAUGAGCUCACGGAUCAAGCGCCCAGAACAUAUGCGCCAAACCCUCUUUGCCCAAGUGGAUCAUCGUCCAAACACUGAUCUCCAUAGACUAUCAGAGACUACAAAGGAUCAUUCUCAUGCAGACUUGGGAGCCCAGCAGCAAACACGCUAUCACCGACCUGGCCUUGUUGAAUGUCUGCAUUCAUCGCCAUCAGUGGCAAGGAGCGUUAGAAGUCCCGACGGUCAUGGAGGUAAGCGGGAAUGGCCAAGCACCCAUGCAGACUGCAACUUGAACUGUGGCCCGGAAACCCAAGAGAGUGCUACUACAGUACCGCUCGCCUGCUUCCAAGAUCCAAGCUCUAAACCCCAACUCAAGAAUGAAAAGCAGAGAUCAGAUCUGCUGGGAAACUUCUUAGAAUCGUCCUACAUGGAAGAGGCAAUGGGCGAAGGAUCUGGAAAGCGCGGGGGGAAGGUUCCGUGCCAGGCCUUGCGAUCUGAUGCAAAGAAGCGCAUUGGAGGCUCAAUGGCGAACUCUAGAAUUGGGAAAGCUCCAGAUGCUAACGUAGUGGGUCCCCUAGUAAAGAAGCCGAGAAUCAUAUCAGAGGUUGGUGCGCAAAACAGCGAUCAUGAUAACAUCUAUUGGGAACAAGCAAAGAUAGAGCGUCAAUCUAUGGGGCAAUCAAGGGAAUUAAGAGGCCUGGUGAUCAUCAGAGCUCAUCAGCAAUUGUGA